UCAUCAUCUCACUCUUCUCACUCGGCCUCACACAAAAGUAGGUCUUAGGGUCAUUUCAAUGGUUUUAAUUUUUUCCCCUUUUCUCACUCAGCAUCUUCACGGUUCAUCUUAAGAAUCAUGGAUUCAAACUCAUCUUAUUCAGUUGAACACUUGCAAUUGAAAUAGCAACAUCAAGUUUAAUCCGCUAAGACAUUACAUAGCCAUUUAUACUUGCAUAUUAACCUGACAACCCAAAAUACUCAUGACAUUCAGUGUUGAUCAACUAGUUUAAUCAUCUUUUUUUAAUCAUAUUUUUUUCUGUUUCUCAGUGAGUUUAAUCAAAAGAAACUGCCUCAAAAUGAUCUUCAAUUGUAAUCUUCAACUAUUAAUUGUGAUUCUAACCAUUUGGAGUAAUGUUUCAUCUGAAACACCAACAACUAGUCAAUCAGUUCCCGAUCGAAGCAUGAUUGAACUGAUUGGCGAUAAAUACGAUCGAAUGGCUAAAUCACUUUCAAUGGCUGACCUGGAAAAGGAUGUUUCUAGUAAUGUGUUAACCUUUUUCGUACCAACUGAUGAAGCCUUUAGAGAUAUACCUUGGUCAAUUGCCCAAGAAAUGUUGGUUAACUCCACAUUUCUCAGAUUGGUUAUUGAAAGUCAUAUAAUUCCAGGAACAUUUCUUUCAAAUAUACUACCUGGCAAUUCAAUCUAUUCAGUUGGCGGUGAACCUCUCAAUUUUACCAAGAAAACUGUUAAGGAUUGUGAUCUAGUUUUGGUUAAUUCAAUCCCAAUUCUUGAACCUGAUCAGAUUACAACAAAUGGUGUUGUCCAUGGAAUCACUCGGUUAAUUUUACCCCAAAAAUUGAUUGAUGAAUGUAAAUGUGGUCAACUAAAGGCUAACGAUGUUGAACCAAAAUUGCAAACAUCAACAACAACUAACCCAAUCAACCCAAGUAAUUUACCAGAACGAAUUGUCGCCGGACAUUCUGAUCAACCCAAUUUUGUAACAGUUGUACCAGAAAAUUAUAACCUUCCAAGUUCAGAUAAAUUUUUGAGACGAUCUCAAGCAGCUAAUCCAGAAAUAUUCAAUUCACCUGCAGCCAAUACUUCUUCAACAACACCAUUUCCUUAUUAUAAUGUUUGGGAUGAUUUAGUUGCUAAUCAUAAUCUUACAACAAAUGGUAAUCAAGGUGAUACUAAUAAAACUCGUGAAAUUGAGGAAGAACGACCACGGUUCUUCCGAACUCGAAUACCUGGUCGUGUAACUACUGAAUCAUCAGCAAAUCCAUCAUCUUCAUUGUCCCCAUCAUCAUCACCGGUUGAAGCAGUUUCAGGGACAAAUGUUAAUGGAGGAACCCAAGGAUCACCAACUUAUUAUGACAACAACAGUAAUCCUGGUUCACCCACUCCACCUCCAAGAUUUGGUCUUCGCCGUCGAGUAGUUAUUCGACCUCAACCUACACCACGACCUUAUGAGUCUAACAAUAGUGCUGAUGUGAUCCCUAAUGAUACAAACAGGCCAACACCAAGGCCUAUUGAAAAUAAUAACAACAAUGGCAAUAAUGAUCAGUUUGUACCUUCAGUUUACUAUGUUGAAGAACCGGAAAGUGUUACCACGCCAAGAGAUAAUUCACCGACCUACAGUCCACCCCUUGUUUAUAGACCUGCUACAUCAACGACCCCAAGUCCUUUCUUCAGAGUAACAAGUCCACCUUUGGAUAAUCGUCGAAGAGCUCAAGGUGGUCGAUUACUCACUGACUCACCAGUAAAUGAUCAAUCAGGUUCACCUAAUAAUGGUAAUAAUGGUAAUAAUAAUGACUAUGCGACAACACGUCGACCCUAUUUCCGACGACCUGUUCCAAAUCGAUCGCCAGACCAGGGAAUAAAUCGAAACGCUUCAAAUUGCCAUCCUCAAGAUGUAAAUUGUCUUAUUGCAAACAGUCCAGCAAACUAUAUCAUCUCUCCUUCAAACGGUUCCCCAUCAAACUCACCACCUCGUUAUGAUCCUCGAUUUAAACCUGAACUCGGUCCUAUUCGUGAACCUGAUCCCUUCACUGUAUCAACCUCACCUCGAACUCCAGUAGAUAGAAAUGACAAUAGAUUCCGAAGGCCAACAACUGAGUACUUUUUGAAUGAUCAAACAACGCCAUCAACAACCUUCUUCGAUUCAACUCGACGACCAACAUCAAGAAAUCCACAAGAUUUUUGGCGACCAACACCAUCAACAGCAAAUCCAAACUAUGAAGAUGAUUCAGCCAAUUAUGUUCGUCGAUUUGGCUCCCAAAGACCUGGAACAGAAAGAGGUUCAAAUCAGAGAGAUCGUACAAUUUUGCGUUCAACUACAACAACAACAGUAUCACCUAAUUACAGAAACGUUCCCGUUCGUCCAGUUGAUAGCCGAGGCUUCCAAAAUGAACCUCGAUAUCGACCACGAUCAAAUGAACCCGUUUUCCCUCGUGAGCCUUUAAGCGAUAAUCCAACCUCUGAUACUAACACAAUUGCCGCUAUCCUUGAAGAUCCUGGUUUAUUCCUUGAUAAAAGACCAAUCGCUUUCUCCAUGUUCAAAGAUCUUCUUCGAAGAGCAGGACUUCACAACUUGGCCUCAGCCAAAAAGCCAAUAACGGUUUUCUUACCCACUGAUGACGCUUUUGAAGAGCUAGAAAACAAUGGAUUUGAGAAAAUUUACCGAAACCCAGCUGAUUUACAGACUUUCUUACUUCGCCAUCUUGUUAAUUAUCCACUUAAACCCAGUGAAAUGCGAGACGGUUUAGUAGUUAGAUCAAUUUCCAACAGUCCAAUAGCAAUCAAAGCUCUUGAUGAUGGAAUGGUUUAUGCUAACGGAUCUCCAAUUUUGGCUGCAACUGAAGCAACUAACGGUUACGUUUAUGUUUUAGGGAAAGUAAUUAGAGAUCGUGAAAAUAAGGACAAGAAGGAUAUUGUUAGUGAGAUUGAACAAUUAGAAAAUGCUUCGAUCUUUGCAAGUCUUUUAAGGCGAAGUAAUCUAAUUCCUCAACUGCAAGAACCCGGACCUUGGACUGUUCUUGUUCCUGAUAAUGAAGCAUUUGUUGAGGUGCCAUCUGAAACUCGGAGUAGAAUUCUGAGUGAUCCAGCAAUAAUCCAAUCAUUAGUCGGUAAUCACAUCAUUAAUGGUUCAUUCAACUCGGAAAAACUAUCUCGAGCAAGAAAUAUUUUACCAUUGGUUGGACAAAAGCCACUCAAGAUUCGAGCUUUUCCAGGAGCCGUUAUUGUUAAUAAUCAUGCAUCAGUUAAACAACCUGAUUUGGAAGCGCAGAACGGAGUCGUUCACACAAUUAGCCGAGUACUUUUACCCGAUGAACUGAAAACAAAUCAAUCGAGUCGAGGUCGAGGCCGGGCCUAUGAAGGAUUAACUGACUUAUCAAAUCAAUUUCAUCCAAGAAGAGGUCUCUAUUCUGAUCCAAAUGAGAAAUCAAAUGAAGAUAAUCAAGAAUUAGGACCCAAAAUGAAGGCACGAAAAUUCGUUUCAUGGUUGGAGAAAUCAGGAGUUUUGGAUCAACUCAAACAAAAUAAUACACCUUAUACAGUGAUCAUACCAACUGAUGAAGCAGUUGGUAAAUUACCUUCUCAAAUAUUGAAUCAAUUGGACAGUGAACCAAAAAAUCUUGCAUCUUUACUUCAAUAUCAUGUCAUUCCAGGGGAAAUAAAUCUAAAUUCAUUAAAAGAUGGACAAGUUUUGAAGGCCCUGGAUGAAAAGCCAAUUCAAUAUACAAAAUUGAAUAAUAAUCAAUCAUUAUUAUCUGGUGCACCAGUUGUUGAUGAAUAUAAACAAGGAGAGAUGAAAUAUUUAGCCGUUGACAGAGUCCUUUAUCCACCUCAUGGAACCAUUUUUGACAUUAUUUCAAGCUCACCAAUAUUAACAAAUAUUUCACAAAUCAUAAAAACUGCCAAUCUUGUUUCAGAGUUUUCAGAUUCUGCCGGUCCAUAUACUCUUUUUGCACCAACAGAUGAAGCUUUUGUUUCCUUAGAUCAAGAUGAAUUACUCAAAGUAACCAGAGACAUUAAAAGUAGUCGAGAUUUCUUAGUUAAGCACACAUUAAGAAGUGUUUUGUUCACCAGUGCCAUCCCAAUGAAUGAUAAAAAAGGAAUGACCGUUGAAAAUAUAGAUAACAAACCGAUAAUCUUGCAACGAAAACCAAACUAUGUAACCGCAAAUGGAAAGCCUUUAGCUUAUGCAGACAUAACAGCUACAAAUGGUGUUAUUCAUGUUCUCAGUAAACCUCUUUGAACAUUUCAAGCUCAAUUUUUCUUCUUUUGAUUGCAUUUUUUACGUUUGUUUGCGAAAUGAUUACCAAUGUGUAUUUCAUUAAUCGUCUCAGUUAUAAAUGUUACUUCAACAUUUCAACUAUCAAUGGUGAUUAAGGAUUGGUCGGUCAUUUUGGAAAGUUAAACUUACCCUUGAUAUUGCUCUGUAGUCAAUACUUUUGAUAUUUCUACCUUUCAACAUUUCUAUUCCAUUAGACUGAAACUAAUUGUCAGUUUCACUGUCUUUGCUAUUUUUGUAAAUUUCUUAUUUUUUGUAAUAUGAUUACUGAAUAAUUCAAGGUUAUCUGACGAUUUAAUAAAAACAUGUAACGCGUGUAAAAAAAUCAUUUGAGAUUGGUUUAAAGUUUAGCGGUGAACAAAUUUUUAUAUAUAAUAAAUUGGUUAAAAUUAUUCAAUAAAAUUAUUAAAAACGGA